AUGACCAAAGCACAGCGUGGACCACGGUCCACAUCCAGUUGGCGACGUAAAGUACUGUCAAUUCUUAAAAAUGAAGUUACAUGGGGUAUCAUCGCUAUUCUCGACUGUGCCAUUGCUCUUGCCAUUAUCUGGGCGACAAAUAGUCCAAUAGCAUGGCAGAAGUACAAAGACCCUGCCCACGAGCAAGGUUUCAUUGCUAUUAUUGGUGGCAUUUUUGCAAUUGUCUCGUCGUUCAUGAGUCUUAUUCAGAUCAUUCAACAUUUUAUUCACAAGUCAUAUCAACCAUCUCAAAAAAGAAUCAUUCGAAUACUGGCCAUAGUUCCUAUAUAUACCAUGACCUCAUGGCUGUCAUUACUUUUCUUCGAAGCAGCCAUCUAUAUGGAAUUCGUGCAAGCAUGUUAUGAAGCCUAUGCUAUCUACUGUUUCCUUAUAUUACUGACUAAAUAUCUAGGGGGCCACCGAGGAGUGGAAGAAGCGAUUAUGUUGAAAGAAAGAGUUCGACUAACAUUUCCAUUAGGGUUUUGUAGACUAACACCUAAUAAAGCAUGGGUGUGGUAUUUUAAAGUUGGCAUUCUACAAUAUUCAUGGAUUACUCCAUUGUGCGCCUGUAUCGUCGUUGUGCUUAAUUUGACCGGUCUAUACGGUAACGGCCAAUGGUCGUUUAAUCGAGGUUAUUCCUACAUUACAAUAAUUAUCAAUAUCAGUCAAAUACUUGCUCUCUACACUUUAGUAACAUUCUAUAUUAAUGUCAAGAAGGAAUUACGACCAUUUAAACCUCUACCAAAAUUUAUCGCUAUAAAACUCAUUGUGUUUUUCAUAUUUUGGCAAUCCGUUCCAAUGAGUGGCCUUGCAGCAGUUGGAGUACUUCGAAAUACUCAAUGUGACUCGACGACAGAUACUAGCUGUCAUGGAUCAAUAACAGGGCUCACUGUCGAACAGGAGAAAAUUUUACUGUCAAAUGUAUUGAUCUGUGUGGAAAUGUUCUUUUUCUCAACUGCUCACCACUGGAUUUAUAGUUGGAAGUCGUAUGCGGACGGAUCACUCAGAGAAUUGAUGCAAUAUCGCUAUCACCAUAUGAAUAACAACCAAAACGAUGAAGACGCAAAUAUUAUCAUAACAAAUUCUUGA